AUGCAACCUACGUUGUCGUCGCUAGAAUAUGCGACUGGCCUUGCUAUCACAUUUAUCGCCCUAUACUUCAUUUUCUUCUUCCUCGGAAUUACUUGCUAUCUUCGCACCAUCUGGGCCAUCAAGAAGGAUCCUAGCGUCGUCCCUUUGGAUCCCAAUUCGCGAGGUGCCCAAGUCCUGAAGAGCAAGGGGCACCGCCGCAAGGGGCUCGAGGCCAUAUUGGGUCGACCUUAUAAUGAUGAAGAGGCAGCAAUAGGCUAUACCUUCAAGUUCUUUGCUCAGUUCACUUUCCAUGCAUGGCUGUUUUGCGCUGUGGUGGUCUCCGCCACAGCCUACACUAUUGCAAAGCAGGUUGAAGAGGGCGAGGUCCCUGAUGGCCAUACCUUUGCUAUCUUGGUACUAUCUGGGUUUCUUGGCUUCUUCAGCUGUGCUAUGUCAGGAACGGCCAUUCACUUCAUCCUAAAGAACAUGACAAAUGUGGAUCUUUUGAAGAGGCAGAUGAGCUACCAGCUUGCUGUUCGGGUGCCACUAGGAAGCCCACCCACAGAAAAGUUCAUGACGGUUACCUACCCACUAGCUCGGCUUGGACAUGGGCAGCAGCUGCAGUCACUUCAGGCUCACCCGCCGCCGCCUGGCCCUAGUGAGAUCGGCUCGAACCAAGGGACUAGCGACACUGAAAAUCACCAACCUGGCAGAACGCAAGAGGUUACCUCGAACGCACGAGACCGCCUUGCUUACCGUACCUUUGCUAUCCUCCGCACAGAACCAGGAGAGAACCCUUGGGAUCUCGGAUACAAGAGGAACUGGGUCGAAGUCAUGGGUAGUUCACCUAUCGGCUGGUUACUUCCCAUCAAGAAGUCCCCUUGCGCAACCCAUGGCCAUUUGGAGAGUGAAUACCCAUUUGGUCCAGCUUUGGCAGAGCUCAAAGUUCGGUAUGGUCUUGACCCAAAGCCGUGGACAGAUAAGGACGAAGGGAUUGAAUUGCAAGAGCAACUACGGCGCUGA